AUAGUGCAUUUACAGUUAUAGAUACUGUGUUUCUGAUGCGUGAGCUAUCUCUAUCAUGAAGCUGUUCAACGAACAAAAUAGUUCCAUUAUACGUAGAGAUCACACUGCCGGCUUGCUGGGAUUCAUCUCCAACCACAAGGUCCGUAGACUGAGCUAAUGCAUGGAUAAUGCUACCAAUAUGAAGCGUCCAAAGAGCCCCGACUGGCUGGACGGCAGCCCUCCUCCCAAGAGUCAGGGGGAACAGGAGGAGGAAGAAGACGAGGAAGAUGAAGAGGAGAAGAGGGUGUCGACAGGGCACAGGGCCAAACGAGUCCGUCAAAGCAGCAGCAGUGCCACUAUGUGCCAGGUGUGCAACAUACAGCUGAACUCCAGCGCCCAGGCCCAGAUCCACUACAGAGGGAAGACGCACCAGAGGAGGCUGCGCCGACUGGCAAAGGCUGUCAGCACAGGUGCCCUCUCCCAGAGCCAGGUCCACCCACUCCUGGGCUCCCUGCCUCUGCCAGGUCGACCCCUCCAGCCGCAUGCUCACGCCCAGCUGGAGCACUUCCUGCCGCUCAGGGUCAACAGCUCCUCGCCUCUCAGCAUCUUCCCCAAUUUCAACACGAUGGACCCAGUGCAGAAGGCAGUGAUCAACCACACAUUUGGCGUGGCUCCACCUAAGAAGAAACAGAUCAUCUCCUGUAACAUCUGUCACCUGCGCUUCAACUCCACUACCCAGGCGGAGGCCCACUACAAAGGUCACAAACAUGCUCGCAAGCUAAAGGCCUUGGAGACCCAGAGGAACCGGCAGAAGAGUGGACACAGUCUGUCCACAACAGGAAAAGACAGAGACCGAGAGAGGGCGAUGAUGGGAGGAGGAACUGUGCCCACAGACUCACAUUUGAAAGACAUAACAGGCCCAAGUACUUCUUCCCAACCUGCACAGCAGCAACCAGAAAACGGCCAGGGGAACCUGCUGGCACCCAUUCCCUUCUCACAGCCUUCAUCCACAGACUCCUCCUCCCUCCGCUCUCCUCAGCUGUCCCCACAAAUCUCCCCUGGCCCUCAGCUUUCUGAUCUACCUUCAGACAGUCCUUAUGUGGAGGUGGGCAGCCCGGCCACCGGUUCAGCCCCACACUCUGACCCUCAGGGGAGCCCCACAGGAGGUGAGGAAGAGGUGGUGAAGGUAGAGGAGGCUAAAGAGGCCAAGAGCAACAAAAAACAACUUCUCCACUGUCCCACGUGCAAAGUGACGGUCAAUUCCAGCUCCCAGCUGGAGGCUCACUGCAGUGGCUCCAAGCACAAACAGAUGCUUGAUGGUCAGAACAGCAGCCAGUCACAACGCAGGGUCAAGAUGACGUCAUCGCCCAGACCCACUUGCCGAAUUAAGCAGCGAAUGGGCAGCAAGACCAGAGCGGUUGUGGGUGUAUCCAGCCAGCCCUUUCACUGUGAAAUGUGCCAGGUGUCCGUCAACUCAGAGACACAGCUGAAGCAGCACAUGAACAGCAGGAGACACAAAGAGCGCUUGGCUGGGAAGCCUGUCAAGGUUAAGUUCACCCCCUAUAAUAAACUACAGCCCAGCGCUGUCUUAGCGACUAAACUGGCCCUGCAGAAGCAGCUAUCCAAGGCCCUGCCGGCAGGGUUCCUGACCAGUCCCCUCAAUCAAGCGGCCUUGUGCACCAUGGCGUCUGGACCAUUGGCCCUACGGCUGCCGCCGGGUCCCACGGCCUUCAUCCAGGGUCCCCUGAUCAGCCCCACGCUCUUCAGGCCUGCCCCUGGACCUCUGAGGGCCACACAUGCGCCUAUUAUCUUCUCUCCUUACUAGCAAAGAGUCAAGCUAGGCUGGAGGACCUAACCUAGCCACAGCUGGACUAACAGAAAAGUUUAUCUUGAACCAGUAAGGACAAAGCAUGGGACCCCCUGAGGGACACUCGGACACUAUGCAGCGACUGCAAGGCCAGCAUAUCAUCAUGUCAAGUUUGGCAGGUUCAAGUCAUAAGACCAGUAUCCACAAUCCCCUGGUGUGGAUUGAGAUUUCAGCGCUGACUGACCAGUGUCUCCUCCCCUCUUAAAAAUGGACUAUUGCUCAGUUGUGUCCCCUCAACAAACUGUUGAGUGCAUGUUCCCCGGGGUCUGGACCCCUCUGGAAGCCAUAAUGACAAGCAUCCUUUAGUUUUAUUUAUAAGACAAUAAUAGACUAAUACACUAGGGUGUGUAGAUGUUGCUAAGUGUUAGUUGCCAAAAUUCUUUACAUUUGAGAGCUUUCUAGUCGUACUCUGGGAGAACAAGUACAAUACUUCAUUCCUGCUUUAUUUUUCAUAACCACAUCGAAAUCAAGAAAAUCCAUGAAACUGAUUACUUUCAUAUCACCGACCUCAACCUAUGAAAAGACAAAGGAGAUCCAUAACUUUGAAUUGAUGAGGAUAUUGCAUCUCAACAAAGUUAGACCUUUACAGCCAUUGUCUGAUGUGUAUGCUUUUUAAUUUAGAAUUCAUUUUAGAUAAAUACAUACAUUCAUUUUGUCUCUUAGUCUGUGUCUUGAGGUGACAAUCAACUACCACCCUGAUAUAUGAUAUAGAAUACUCGCUAUGUUCAACACAAUACAAUGAUAUGGUUAAAUAUAUAGCUAUACAAUUUGAAAAUUGUAUUUCGUUGAGCCAUUACAACAAGCUCUUCAGGUGAUGGUUAGAUCAAUAUGUUCUGAUUUUGAAGCAGCUUGAUGCUGUUUGUGCAAUAUGAAAAGAACAGGCUGAUGUGUGCUGUUCCCCAAAAAUGAUUUAUCCACAAGUUUUUAAAUGUCUUUAAAUGUGUUUAUCAAACAUGUUAUUUUUUUAUAGAGUGGUAUUAAAAAAAAAAAAGUUAUUUCACUUUAGAAAUCCCCUCCCACCUGAUUGUGCUGAAUCAUCCCAAGCAAUAUGUAUUUUUGAAGUGUCACCUGGUAAAAUUAAUGACUAUUGUAACUGUGCAUCAAUUGCAAUAAUGUAAAUUAUUAUGUGCUAAAAACUGUCGAUAAUGUAUUCUAUAUGAACUUAUAAAUAGUACUGUUUUUA